CUGCACUGGAAAGCACAGAUGAAUACAGUGAAUCUACAUCUGCUCCGGCAAAAGAGACGAGGAAGAAGGAGAAAAAAUGGGGAUAUUGGCGUGCAUAGGUGUGAUAUUGCCAUUUCCAUUUUACUACUAUCUUUGGAACCACCCGCAGUCAUGGGUUAAUCUGUGCGGGAGGAGCCGUGACCCCUGCAAAAUCAUGGCACUGGUGUCGCAUUUCAUUAAGAUCGUUCAGUUCGUGUCGCUCUUCUCCGUCUCCGAUCUUCAUUGGCCGCCGCCUUUCUACUUCUGGCCGCUCUUUUUAUUCGGCCAGUUUCUCAACUUCAGGGUCUACCAGCUUUUGGGAGAACCAGGAACCUAUUAUGGUGUGCGUUUUGGGAAGAACAUACCAUGGGUGACUGAGUUUCCCUUUGGAGUAAUUAGAGAUCCUCAAUACGUCGGAAGCAUCAUGAGCCUUGUCGCAUGUCUUCCUUGGGUACCUUAUUUAUACAUCGGCCUGUGGGUUCUGGGCUACAUAUUUAUGAUACAAGUUGAGUCGAAGGAAGAUCCUUCAACUCGUGCAAAGCCUCUCUCUUGAGGUUAGGUGCAGAAGCUUCAAUAUAGUUUCUUGAAUAACCUCUUUCAUGCGUAAUUUAUCCAAUUUUUCCCUUUGUUGUUGUGAACAUGUUUCUAUGAACCUCAGCAAUAUGUCUGGUGCAUUCGAAUCACUUGAUAAUUAGACCUGUCGAAAUCUAGGACCAGGCUUAAGGCCCAAAUGAAGAACUCAUGUCGGGUCGUGCUUUAAAAUCAUUCGGAUCUAAAAAAGCAUAGCCGCAGCCCAACCCCAAAAUUGGGCUGGUUUGCAGCCCAAUCUGAUGUGAAAAUGGGCUGGCACCGUAGAGUGUAGAACGGGUCAAAUUUUACAAUUUUAUCAAUAAUUGACCAUCGUAAUUCCUAA